AUGUGUGAAAAUCUGAAAAUAUUAAAGCAAGGUGCUGAAGCCAAGUUAUAUAUUUGUAAUUAUCUUGGCAAACCCACUCUUAUUAAAGAAAGAUUUAAGAAAAAUUACAGGCAUCCAGACUUAGAUAACUCUAUAACCAAGGGAAGGAUAAAAAAUGAAGCACGAUCUAUUGUUAGAUGUAUGUCGGCAGGAGUAAAAACACCAGCUUUAUAUUUAGUAGACUUUGAACGUCGGCGCAUUUACAUGCAACAUUUUGAGCAAAGCAUAACUGUGAAAGAUUUUAUAAUAAAUUUUAAAAGUAUAAACAAUGUGAGUGAAGAUUCUGCCAACAGCCUCGAUAUUUAUGCUGAAAAAAUUGGUCAAACCUUAAGAAAAUUACAUAAUAAUAAUAUAAUCCACGGAGACUUGACAACUUCUAACAUGCUUCUUGUUGAGAUAAAUCCAAGUGGUAUUGCUGAUGAUAAAAGAUGGUUGAAUAAUGAAAACGUGGACAUAGUUAUGAUAGAUUUUGGUUUAUCUUGCAUUGAUUCUAGUGCAGAAGACAAGGGAGUAGAUCUCUAUGUUCUAGAGCGAGCAUUAAUAAGUACCCACAAUGACUAUCCAGAGUUAUUUGAAAAAAUAUUUAAGGCUUACAAAAGUUACAGUAAAAAUAAUAUUAAUGAAAUUAUAAAUAAAUAUGAAGAUGUAAGAGCAAGAGGCAGAAAAAGAACAAUGGUUGGA